CUCCAGAACUCCAGGACCUUCAGAGACCUUCAGAGACCUUCAGGACCUUCAGAGACUUGCAGCAGCAGACACAGUCGGGACUUGCUGAAGAUCAGGACCUGCUGAAGACCAGGACCUGCUGAAGACCAGGACCUGAUGGCGUCCUCUGUAAUCUUUCUUGUUCUUCUGCAGCUGUGUGGCCUCCAGCUGAUGCUGGUUGCGAUGCCAACUUGUAGGAUGAGGGAGAACCUGGUCCGGACCAGCCACCACCUGCUCAGAGACCUGGGGGGGCCAUUUCCUGUCCACUGCCUGCAAUACAACGUCAACAUCUCCUUCCCAGACUCCGCCCUGCCUGCCACCUCAGCCAAUCAGGCUCAGUGCCGCCGGGCGUUAUGGGUAGUGUAUGAGACACUCAACGAGACACAGCUGAUCCUCCAGAACAACCACUUACCUGUCGGAGGGGGCGGAGUCACCUGGGACGAAGGGAAACUCGAUACCUUCAUGAACCUGCAGGAGCGACUGCUGGAGGAAGGAAGCUGUCUCUCCACUGGUCCACAUGCUGUGUCGUCUUAUUUCAGUAACGUCACAGCUGUUCUGCAGCACAAGGAAAGCGCUGCCUGUGGUUGGAUGGCUCUGAGGAGAGACGUUCUCAGGGUCCUAAAGAUCGUCCUGCACAAACACCACAACUGCUUCCUUUAAGUCAUGUUUAUUGAUUUAUUUAAUCUUUAUUUGU